AUGCUAGUGUUGUGUGUCGGUGAGCAUUCCCAGUACGGCCAGAUCACGGCUCUGAUUAAUGGUGGUGCUGAAGAUGACGAAGAGAGGGACGAAGACGAGAAGAAGACUAAACAAUCAAGCGCUUCCAUUCAAGACGGAAACUAUUGCUCUAUAGAUGUUGUGGAGGCAAAGGAGCUCUCAAAGCCCAAGAUAAAGAAGAAGCCGACACGUCCUGAACGCACUCCAUUGGCCCAGAAGAUCGAAGCGUUGAACUUAUGGCUGGGCAAAAUGGGCGUCGUGGUCGCGAGUCUCAUCUUCAUCGUUCUCUGUACGCGUUUCAGCAUCGAGACUUUCGUUCAGGAACCUCGUGAGUCCUGGGACGCUUCCUACCUUCGCGAUUACCUCUCCUAUUUCAUUCUGGGGACGACUAUCCUAGUCGUAGCCAUCCCUGAAGGUCUUCCGUUGGCUGUGGCUAUCGCUCUGGCACUGGCAGUGCGUCGUAUGCUGCGUGGGCGCAGUCUGGUCCGUCAUUUGGCUGCCUGUGAGACUGUUGGAAACGCCACCACGCUGUGUGCUGACAAGACCGGGACUCUUACGGCGAACCAGAUGAGCGUCGCACGACUCUGGCUUGCACCUGAUAACGAGAGCGACUUCAAGAGUCUCAUCGACGAUGUACACAGUACUGUUCCAGUUGACUUUAACUCAGCGGAUGCAGUCAAGGCUGCAUUGAAUGACGCUAUGAUCCACACUCUUUGUGAAGGUGUGGCGCUGAACUCGACUGCUGAGUUGCUUCCACUUGCAGAGGGUGAUGCUACAGAUGCCCCACGAAAAGCUCUGGGAAGUCAGACGGAGGGCGCUCUCUUGGCCUUCGCGGCAGCUUGCAGUGAUGGAGAAUUCGACUACGCUACAUUACGUACAAACGCGAACAUUCGACGUGCUCUGCCCUUCAGUAGCGACCGCAAACGCAUGUCUGUGAUUGCUCCGCGUCGAAACUGCGAGAAUGUAUGGCGUACGUACACUAAAGGAGCUCCAGAGCUGGUUCUUGCGCGUUGUAAGGAGUUACAGACCCGCUCAGGUGGCACAAUCCCUCUGACCAACGAGCGCCGUCAAUGA